UUCACCACAGCUUGGCACAGCUCCUUUUCCGAGCUGAAUACUCCAUGUCUGCAACCAUCCAUUCCCCUUUCCCCACGACGGAAGUCCUUCGCCCGUCCGCUCCAUUGCCACACGACCAAAUUAUGGCCUAAUCACACCAAAACCCGCUCCCUUCCAAACCCUCCCAUCAGCCUAUCUUAUAUACUCCCCUCUCUCAUUGCCAUUCCCAAUUCACGAACGCCCAGGCGCAGGCAGCUGCGUUCACGUGUCCUCCAGCCCCGUAGCUCGAUCCAACCUGUUGUUCCAACCACAAGAAACUGCAACCACCCGCUACAGCCCGCGACCCGGUAGGAACAGCACCAUCGUCGAUCCAAUGGAAGAGGCCUAGCUUUUCUCAGGUUCCCGUGGCCUGCAUGCUGCUGCUGGCUUCUUGCGAGCUGAGACCCUGGAGGCAUGGCAUUGGAGGCCGUGGUGCUGUCCCAGCAAGGUGGUCCCUUUGGGUGUGGCGCCAUGGCAGGAGCAGUAGGAGGGGCUUGGAAUGGCCUAUUUGGUGGAGUCGAGGGGGUGAUGGAGUUGGGCGGCAGUAGCUGGGACGCGGGUGCCGCGUGCUCGUCUAUGCUGCUGCAUGGGUUCCAGGAGCUGAAUCACAUCCCGGCCACCGGCGCGCCGCCAAUGGAGCCCAAAGGGAGCGCGGGCGGCGUUGAUCAGGAGGCCCCAGCGGCGGCGGUGGGGAUGACGGCGACGGCGCCGGCCGGGCGGAGGAAGCGGCGGCGGACGAGGGCGGUCAAGAACAGGGAGGAGGUGGAGAGCCAGCGGAUGACCCACAUUGCCGUCGAGCGCAACCGCCGCAAGCAGAUGAACGAGUACCUAGCCGUGCUCCGCUCCCUCAUGCCGCACGCCUACGCGCAACGGGGCGAUCAGGCGUCCAUCGUCGGCGGCGCGAUCAACUUUGUCAAGGAGCUGGAGCAGCAGCUCCAGUCCCUGGAGGCGCAGAGGCGGUCCAGGCAGCACCCGGCCGACGGCAGCAACGGCGACGCGGCUCCGUUCGCCGACUUCUUCACCUUCCCGCAGUACUCGAUGAGCGCUGCCGCGGCGCCAGCUUCUCCUGCCGACGCUACCGACCGCGACAGCGCCGAUGCCGAGGCCGAGGCGGCCGGGUCGAAGCCGUCGGCGGUGGCCGACGUCGAGGCGACCAUGGUAGAGAGCCACGCCAACCUGCGGUUGCUGUCCCGGCAGCGGCCGAGGCAGCUGCUGCGGCUGGUGGUGGGGCUGCAGGGCCACCGGCUCACCGUGCUCCACCUAAACAUGACCAGCGCCGGCCACAUGGUGCUCUACUCGUUCAGCCUCAAGGUAGAGGAUGAUUGCCAACUUACCUCUGUGGAUGAGAUUGCAACCGCGGCUCAUCAGAUCGUCGAGAAGAUCCAAGAAGAGCAGGGUUGUUGCAGCUUAGACUAGCAUCAAGCAUGCAUGUAUAUGCAAGUUUUUACCUCUUUUAGCAAGUGGAGUGAAGUGAUAACCUUUGUGCAAAUCAAUAAUGUAGUUAUCAGCUCAAGCUAGUCUUGAAUAACCUUAAUGCAUAAUUUGUCUUUGUUCAUAGCACUUG